GGUGCUCUGUGAGGACUACAAGUCCCAGCAUGCCCAGCUGCCGUGGCCCGGCCCCCGCCGCCGCUUAAAGGCUCCGGGAGCCGCAGCCGUCGGGUCGCCGCGGCUUUCGCUUUGCCGCCGCGGCUGGGCGGGAGAGAGCUGCGGGCUCGGCGGCCGGCUUUCCUCGCGCCCCUGCUCCCAUAGCACCGAGGGGCGCUCGUCGCCCGGCCCUGCCCGCUCGCGGAUUCCCUUCUGAGGCGCCCUCGGGCUCCCUGUCUCAGCCACCCCGCGGCCCCGUUGCCGAGGCAUGGACAGAGCGGCGCUGCGCGCGGCGGCGAUGGGGGAGAAGAAGGAGGGCCGCCGCGGCGGCGGCGGCGCGGCGGCCGCGGAUAGGGGCGCCGGUGCCGCGGCCAGCCGGGCGCUGCAGCAGUGCGGGCAGCUCCAGAAGCUCAUUGACAUCUCCAUUGGCAGCCUGCGCAGGCUGCGCACCAAGUGUGCCGUGUCCACCCAGCAGGAGAUCCGGACCCUGGAGGCGAAGCUGGUCCGGUAUAUUUGCAAGCAGCGGCAGUACAAGCUGAGCGUGGCUCCUGGAGAGAGGACUGCAGAGCUGAACAGCUACCCUCGCUUCACCGACUGGCUGUACACCUUCAACGUGAGGCCGGAGGUGGUGCAGCUCCAAGAUGUAAUCAAGUCAGCAGGUGCUUGAUUAACUCACCAUCCCGCAGCACAUCAUACUGAUGCCAGUUCACUACAGAGGCCGCAAUGCUCAGGGCCUCUUUGGGGGACAGCGCUGUACCACUGCCUCCUGCCUGGCCACUGCCCGUACAGUUCGUGGUCCUCAGGCCUUCCAGCCAGGUGCGUUUCUCAUUCUCCACUGAGGGCAUC